GUUCAUCUGUUGUUUAAACAUGUUUCGUCAGGCUGUUAAGAAACUAGGUAUCUAUCAAUCAUAAUGUAAAUAUUCGGUCACUGUCAACACUUGUAUGCUUUAAGAAUACUUAAUGGUGACGUUUAAUGUCAUGCUUUUGUUUAUUUAAUCCCGUUACGUGUCAUUUUCAAAAAUGUUCCCAACUUAAAACGAUGUUAGAAGUUUUGAGUUCAGAUCAGUUAUCUAGAAUUAAAACUGAUGAUUCUUUGAUGCCAGAUGCUGGAAAACAACUUAUGACAACUGUGAUGUCCACAAUUAAAUGCGUGGUGGUUGGAGAUGGUGGCGUGGGUAAAACCUGCCUUUUGGUUUCAUUUACAAACAAGUUCCCAUCAGAACCAACAGUAUUUGACAGCCAAGCUGUGUCUGUAACGAUUGGCGGUGAACCAUAUACCAUUAGAUUAUUUGAUGCUGCAGGUCAGGAUCAAUUACGGCCCCUAAGCUAUCCUCAAACAGACGUCUUCUUAGUUUGUUUCUCUGUAGUUUCUCUUUCCUCGUUUGAAAAUGUGAAAGAAAAGUGGGUGCCUGAGAUAACCUAUUACUCCCCGAAAACCCCUUUUCUGCUGGUUGGAACUCAGAUUGACCUAAGAGACGAUCCUAUAACUAUUGCAAGGCUUGCAAAAAACAAACAAAAGCCAAUCAAACCAGAGACAGCUGAAAAACUAGCCAAAGAUUUAAAGGCUGUGAAAUAUGUUGAAUGCUCUGCUCUAACACAGAAAGGACUGAAGAAUGUAUUUGAUGAGGCGAUAUUAGCAGCUUUAGAGCCCCCAGGGUCCCAGAAGACAUGCAAAUGUGUUAUUUUAUGAGCUGGACACAGCAACUAACAACGAACUGGAUCUUUUUUUUCUAUGGGUUUUUAUCAGGAAAGUAACAAUAGCUUUGGUAUGGUACCCAUGUCACAUGAUGGGAUCGUAUGUGUGCAGCUUUUACACAUACACGCAUACAGCUCGCUUUUGUGAUACUAAAACACAGUCCCUUCAAGAUUUAGAAGACUCUUCAUAACAAAAAUGUUAGUAGGGUAGAGUGGGGUAAGUUGUGCCACUUUUUAUUUAAGUUGUCAAAUAGGAAAAGGAGAAAUGUGAAGUACAUAGAAGAAAAUAGGCCAAUUUAUAUGUGUGGAUGUCUGUCAUGAACUGAAUUUAGAAGACAUCAUAAAGCCAUACUUAAAAAAAUUAAACACCAUGACACACAUAGGGGUAAGUUGUGAUAUGUCAAGUUGAGUCAUUGGGUAAUGUCAGAGAAAUGUGCAUUUUAAAUAAAAAUAUGAAAAAAUAUUUAUACAGAAA